AUGUCCUAUGGGGAAAAAGAUUCGCUGGAGAGACACGGCUACAUCCUGGGGAAGCUCCUCGGCUCGGGUGCCUACGGAAAAGUGAUGAAGGCGACCUACAGGGGCAAGGACAGCGGGCCUCGCCUCACCGUCGCCACCAAGACCAUCAACACCUCAAAGCUACCCGCUCUCUACAUCGAGAAGUUUCUUCCCCGGGAGCUCGAGGUGGUUCGAUGGCUCGAUCACCCCAAUGUGGUGCGGGCUCACAGCAUCGUCUACCGCCGAGGGAUCGUCUACAUCUUCAUGGAGUUCGUCGAGAACGGAACCCUCUUGAAAUACCUCAAGAACAACAAGAAGCUGUCGGAAGCCAAGUGCCAGAUCUGGUUCCGACAGAUCCUGGGCGGACUCCUGUAUCUCCAUCGCAACAAGCACGCCCAUCGGGACGUGAAGUGCGACAACGUCCUCAUCACCAAGCAAUACAAUCUCAAGGUGUGUGACUUUGGAUUCGCCCGGUUGAUCGUGGAUCGCAAGGGUUCCUGCAUCACCAGUACGACUUAUUGCGGGACUCCAUCGUACUGCCCACCGGAAAUCUUGGAAGGCGUCCCCUAUUACCCAACGUUGGCCGAUGCCUGGUCCACGGGAGUGACCUUGUACGUCCUCAUGUGUCAGUCCAUGCCCUUCGGCUCCAAGGACACCCGGCUCGUGCUUCGGGAGCAGAAGCAGGCCCGCUGGAAGUUCACGGCUUUCGUCGACAAAAACUUCUCCAAGGACUCGAGGAACGUGGUGUCGGCCAUGCUGGUUGCCGAUCCGCAGAAGCGGGCGAAUCUGUUCAAGAUCAGCAGGCACAAGUGGCUUUCCACGGCCAACACCAAGGCUCUCGUCAGAUCUGCGGUGAAGAAACAGCAGCAUUGA